AUGGUUCGUUAUUAUGGAUAUCAUUACCUCAAACAAUUUAUACGUAGUAAGCCAGAGCGGUUUGGGUUCAAACAAUGGACUAUCUGUUGUUCACAGACUGGAUAUUGUUAUGAGACUCAAGUGUAUGAAGGCAAAUCAAAGAAAUUAGGAGAUGAUGAAAGCAUCAGUGGGCUUGGGACAUUUGUUGCCCUUCAUAUGGUAUCUAUUCUUCAGACACCAAAUGCUCACAAAGUUUACUUCGAUAAUUUUUUCACAGGAUUUUCUCUGAUGAAACAUUUGCAGGACAUUGAUGUUAGAGCAACAGGAACUGUUCGAUUCAAAAGAAUGACAAAUUCCCUAUUGCAACAGACAGAGAGAUAA